AAGGCCAAACGCAAGAGGGCUAACGCCAGUCAGCUCUCUGUUCUAAAUGCGGCAUUUGAGCGCUCAUACUUUCCUUCCACAGAAGAGCGUCUGCGUCUGUCAAAGCAGUGUCGCAUGUGUCCACGAACAGUGCAGAUUUGGUUCCAGAACAAGCGACAGAGUGUCAAGGCCAAGACAGAGGCCAUGGAA